CGCGCGUGACGUCACAGGUAAACAAACCCAUGUAAACAAUCGCCUGACGGGGACGGGGCCGAGAUGGGAGCAAUGGGUGACGCGCGGGGCUACCUGGAGCUCUCUCCGGACCCGGUGAGGUUCGAGCCGGUCAGCAAAGUCACCAAUGUGUUCUUUGACGACACCAGCAAGGAGGUGUUGAGUGUGCGGGGAGGAGGCACGCUGGGGGUGGUGGUGCGGGGGCAGGGCAGGGACCACACCUUCAGGAUGGAAGACCGCGGCCCCAUCUCCUCCCUCAAGUUCUCUCCUGACCAUACUGUCCUGGCCGUACAGCGCUCCAAGAAUGCUGUGGAGCUGCUGAGUUACAACAACGGUGAGGUGGGUGCCGGCCUGAGCCAGGAGUGCCGUGCCAAGUCUGCCACGCUGCUUGGGUUCAUCUGGACCAACAAUGACGACCUCGCCCUGGUGACCGACCAUGGUGUGGAGUUUUACCAGGUGAGCCGGGAGCGUCUGGGCAUUCGUCACCUGCGCAGCUACAGUGUUCCCUGCACCUGGUUUGUGUGGAGCCCUGAGUGUCUGCUGCUGCUGCUGUGUUGUGGUACCUCCCCCUCCUCCACCACCCUGCAGCCCUUCUCCUUCAAGCCAGGCCAGUCCACUAAAUUGGCCAAGUUUGAAGUGGAGGUGAGUGGUCCCGGGGGUCCCAAUGCGCCGGGCGUCACCCUGGGGGAGCGCGAUGUGUGUGUGGGGUGGGUGUACGGCCUGCCCUCUGUGUGUGUGCUGCGUCACCCCACCUCCCCCUCCGUCACUGCCGCCCUUGAUGUCUACACUCAGAACAAAGAUAGUCAGUUUAAGAAGGCCUAUACAUGUCGCCUGGAGUUGACUGGGAGGUUCGCGGUCAACAUCAUCGACAGCCUCAUUAUCGUGCACCACCAGGCAUCAAAGACCUCCCUGCUGUUUGACGUGCUGGUGGGUGGGGUGACGGGGAGGGGCAUGACAUGGGUGUUCCCCCUCCCCCCACCGCGGUCAGUGCAGCCUUUCUCUCUGGUGGAGGCCGGCGCGCUCCCCUGCCAGGCCGCCUCCCCCCCGUCCCUCCCCUGUGAACUGUACGCCCCCACCUGGGUUGUCUUUCAGCCGGAUAUAGUGAUUGACGCUCGGCUGGGCUGUAUGUGGCACCUGCAGCUCCGCCUUGACUGUCUGGCGGAGGCUGUGCAGGACAAGACUCAGCUGGUGGACUGCCUGCUGCGGAGGAAACAAGCCAAGUCUCUGGUGCUGCUGGUGGUGAGGAAGGUGGUGGAGUCAGGACAGCUAGGAUGCCUGGGACAGAUAUUUGACAAGAUCAACACUGCGUACAGGCAACACCUCAACACCAUUCUUCAAUCACAGAUGGGAGAGAGUGUGAGCUUUUCCGCUGCAGCGAGUGGAGGAGUGGAGCGGCGCGUGGUGGUGGUGGAGCAGGCUGACAUGUAUAGUGCUGUCCUGGCCCCACUGAUGGAGGAGGUGGAGAAAUUGGAGAAGGAAGGCAAGACUGGGAAGGGAGACAAAAAACUGUCAGUCCGAGCAGUGGUGGGCGUGGUGGUGGAGUACACGCGGUCACUGGGGGCGGUGGGGGUGACAGUGCAGCAUUUCCUCUAUGAGCUGGUGAUCAAUGCCUUGGUGCGCACCAGACACUUCUACCAACUACACCAGCUACUGCAGUAUCACGUUCUGGCCGACUCUAAGCCCCUGGCAUGCCUGCUGCUGUCCCUGGUGGGGGUGUACUCAGCAGGGCAGCAAUUGAGCCUGGACAUGCUGUGCAGACUCAACACAGCACACGACGAGAUUAUUGAGGUGUUGUUGUCGCAGCGGCAGGUGACGCCCGCCCUAAGGUAUGCACGCAGCGUGGGCCUGGCAGAGUCUGUGUCGGCCCGCAAGUUCCUGGAAGCGGCGAUGGGCAGCGGCAGUGAUCAGGUGUUCUACUCCACCUUCAUCUUCUUCAGCCUCAGGAACACUCGGCUCAGAGGCAACCCGGCUUUUGCUAAGGGUGAACAUUGUGAGGUCUUUGUGGAGCAUUACAAGAAGCUAUUUGGAGAACUACCUGACCACAGCAAUCAACAGUUGUAGUUUUGGAUUGAUAAUUGUAAUAAUAGUUAGUAGUAGUAGUAGUAGUAGUAGUAGUAGUAGUAGUAGUGGCAAUAGUAGCAGAUUACAUAUAUAGCUAAUUACUGAGAACAACAAUAAUAAUUUAACUCUGUAAUUCCAAGAGCUUGUCGAUUAAUGAGAUACAAAUACACAAGAGAAUGUUCCGUGGUAGUACAAUGACAAUGGCUGAAGUGUUAGCAGCAGCAGCAGCAGCAGUAGUAGUAGUAGUAGUAGUAGUAGUAGUAGUAGUAGUAGUAGUAGUAGCAGUAGUAGUAGUAGUAGUAGUAAUAGUAGUAGCAGCAGCAGCAGUAGCAAUAGCAGCAGCAGCAACAACAAAUCAUAUACAUGAAAAAAGGACACAACAAGAUCACAAUAAAUCAAGACGUAUUCUCGGACUACGAUCUCCAAAUAUAAGGAAAAGCACCAAAAGAUCACAACAUUCACCACAAAAAAGAUUCGGUUCAUUGCAGAGGAUGUUAUGGAAAUAAGUGGCUGUGCGUGUCCAUUUGAGGCCGUUUGUCAGUGCGAGUCUUGAGUGUGAGAGGAAGUGUUGUGCAUGAUGUGAGUGUUUACACCUUCCUUGGUUCAGUUACGCUGUGAAAACUUUAACCUCAGGAACUCGAGUGGCAAUGAUGGUGAUGGUGGGGGUGUUGUGUGGUGUUGGAGCAGACACUUGUUACUGUUGUUGAUGUUUGUGCUUAUUUACAGGACUAUGAGUGGUGAUUGAAAGGAAGGGGUGUGUCUAAAGACUCUAAACAUAUUGCAGUGCUGUGUGUGUGUGUGUGUGUGUGUGUGUGUGUGUGUGUGUGUGUGUGUGUGUGUGUGUGUGUGUGUGUGUGUGUGUGUGUGUGUGUGUGUGUGUGUGUGUGUGUGUGUGUGUGUGUGUGUGUGUGUUUGCAGGUAUUUUAUAGUGCAGGAGCACCCAGCCCUUAUCCACCUCUAGGACUGUAUGUCAUGUAUGUUUGUAUGUAUGUAGGUCAAGCCUUAUGAAUUUUAACCAAUAUCUCAGAACAGGGGAGUAAUUUCAUCAGUGUUUCCAUGUGACUCACUAUUCACUGCAAAACUUUUCUCUCCUUUUAACUAUUUCACUUUUAUGGAUGGUAUUGAAUUUUCACAGCUCUGUAGAAAAAAUAUUUGCAUUGGCACAGAGGGAAGAAUAGAGAGAAAAAGAGGUUAGUUUUAUAUUUUUCCAGGCUACAGAUCAAUUCAAGAGACUGUACUACAAAAAUUAAUGUUUAAACUGCUGCAAGUGAUUAUGGGAAUACUCUAGCAAUGGAAAGAUUAACACUCUCUGGCAAGGAACACUAACACAACCACCUGAGACAAUACAACCUCAUGAUUCUCAAUUCUAUUUCCAUCACUUCUCUUGCAACAUGCUCCUCCAUACUACCCAUCAAUGACCAGAACAUCUGAGCCUUGAUUCCUGAACUAAAACACUUCAAAAUUUAGCAUCUGUAAACUUUUAUAUAACAAAGAUAAAAAUGUGUAAGGUUUGAUCUACAAGUGAGAGUGUGGUGUGAUUGCUGGACUCCUCACCUUGCCAGCCUCCAUGAAAGACCCCUCAUGACCCUGUUAGUGUGUCAGAGUGACCUGUGGGUGACCUGAUGUUGCGUCCACUCAUUCCCGUUCCCCACAGACCACUUGCUGCUGUGUCCUGCCCUGUCCCCUGUGUGUGCAUGAGGAGCAAAGCAGACAGGCAGGAAAUGUACAGAGUAAUAUUCUGGUUCUAUUUGGGAAGUGAGUGUUUCUACCCUUAUUCGUUCAGUUUUAUUGUAUAGUUGCCUCAGGAAGUGAUUGUACGGAGUGCUUUAGAUGAAAAAAAAUUUAUAUAAGACAGUUAUUUCCACAUAUCACAUCACAGUUCUCCCAAUUCUCCUUCAUCUUUGCAGAACUCUUCAUGAAAACCAAACAGCUCAUUGCUUCAUAUACCUAUUCAGUAUUCAGACUCCUUUAUAAGCUACUGCUCGACAUAUCACAGAGAGAGAGAGAGAGAGAGAGAGAGAGAGAGAGAGAGAGAGAGAGAGAGAGAGAGAGAGAGAGAGA